CUGCAUUCGAUUUAGACGCCCACCACCGGAGCUCUGGCCCGUGAGGGCUCACACUUGACGUACUCAAAAUGUCUGAUUUUGACGAGGACCUCUCGUUCAAUUACUUUGAGGACGGUUCCGAUAACCAAGAGGACAACGAUUCGUCAGUGUCUCACAACCCCGGCGCUCCUUUUGACGAGAACGACGACCAAGACUCCCCGAGACCAGCGAAGCGCCGUCGUUUAGGAGCGAACCACAAAGAAGAUGGCGGAGAGUCCUCCUCUUCCAAACGAAGGAAGGGGGUACGCGGUUUUUUCGACGAGGAGGCAUCCGUCGGAUCCGACUCGAGUGAGUCCUUUGACUGUGAUUCAUUGCCGUCCCCGCAUCAAACGUCGGACAAAGAACUGGGCUCGAAAUACAAAAGUUUUGUUCCGAAAAAUCUCAAUGUCCAGGAAAACAUCUUUGUCACCCAGUUGACACAGCCGCCUUCGAGCCCGGAGAGAAUACGGGGGCCUCGAUGGAAGAAACCAGAACCAGAACCAGCGCCAGAGCUGGUGGCGACGCCGGAGCUGGAGCCCAUCAUUAACAACCAGACGAAUGGAGCUGGUAGAAGCGCGCACGGCGGAAAUCAUAAAGUGGAAAAUUAUGGAUAUGAUGAAGACGAACUCAGGGCAGCGAUCGCUGCGUCCUUGGAUUCCUUCGAGAACGAACAGCCGCAUAUGAGCACCAAAUCAAACGGACGGUCCUCACAACGCCCUACAGCACUGCCUACUACUGCACCGAAACUAUGCUCGGAAGAUGUUUCAUUUAACUUCGACGAUAUACCUGAAGAUGCAUUUGAUUCGUCUCCAUGCCUUACGCCACCGCGGACAGGGAAUGGCAUCACGCCUUCAAUGCCGAGUGCUUCUAGAGCGGCAAGAGCACCGAGUACGCAACAGAACCUCCGCCAGACAACGUUAUUCGGUAUGAGUUCUCGGGCAUCUGGUGGUAUGUCGCAGUGGGCAACCCAGAAUUGCUCUCCUCCCAAUAAAGAAGAGCCGCCUACCCACCACAAGCUGAAUGACGAAGCCAUAAAAACUUGGGUAUAUCCGACAAAUCUGGGGAAAACUAGGGAUUACCAGUUCAACAUUGCGCAAAGGGGGCUCUAUCACAAUCUGCUGGUGGCUUUGCCCACUGGUCUUGGUAAAACCUUCAUUGCAGCAACUAUAAUGCUCAACUGGUACCGGUGGACAAAGAAUGCGCAGAUUAUAUUCGUGGCGCCCACGAAACCACUGGUUGCCCAGCAGAUUUCUGCAUGUUUUGGAAUCGCUGGGAUACCGCGGUCCCAGACGACUAUGCUCACUGGAGAAGCAGCGCCGGGAAUACGUGCUGAGGAGUGGCAGCAAAAGCGUGUCUUCUUCAUGACACCUCAAACAUUGAUCAAUGAUCUAAAGACUGGGAUUGCGGAUCCGAAACGCAUCGUUCUCCUGGUCGUCGACGAGGCACACCGCGCAACCGGAGGAUAUGCCUAUGUCGAGGUGGUUAAAUUCCUUCGACGAUUCAACCAGAGUUUCCGUGUGCUUGCCCUGACAGCAACCCCGGGGUCGACCGUUGAAUCGGUUCAGGCAGUCAUUGAUGGGUUGGAUAUUGCAAAGGUUGAGAUCCGUACCGAACAGUCUUUGGAUAUUAGAGAGUACGUUCACAGUCGAAACAUUGAAAUCGAAACAUUUGAGAACUCAGAAGAAAUGACCCUGUGCAUGGACCUUUUCUCCUCAACUCUCCAGCCCCUUGUCGACCAACUCCGCAAUCUCAAUGCGUAUUGGGGUCGAGACCCUAUGGCGCUCACUGCUUUUGGCCUCACCAAAGCAAGACAGCAGUGGAUGGCGUCUGAUCCGGGUAGGAAUGCGAAUAUGGGCCUAAAAGCCAAGCUGAAUUCUAUUUUCACCGUGCUUGCCAGCUUGGCACAUGCAAUCGAUCUUCUGAAAUACCAUGGCAUUACACCCUUCUACCGACACCUUGUUCAUUUCCAGUCUGGCACAGGCGAAGGCCCCAAAAACGGCAAGUACCAACGCCAGAUCGUGCAAGACGAGAGUUUCAAAAAACUAGUCAAUCAUCUCCAGACUUGGACUAAGCAUCCCGAGUUCAUUGGUCACCCGAAAUUGGAGUACCUCAAAUCUGUAGUUCUGAAUCAUUUUUUGGAUAGAGGCGAGGGGACGGCAACUGAAAAUGGCCAGACUGAUUCCAAAACCAGGAUAAUGAUCUUUGUGCAUUUUCGAGACAGCGCAGAAGAGGUGACGAGAGUGCUUAAGAGGUACGAGCCCAUGAUUCGACCGCAUGUAUUUGUCGGUCAGAGCAGCGCCAAAGGGUCGGAGGGCAUGGAUCAGAAAAAACAGUUGGCUAUAGUGGAGAAGUUCAAGAAGGGAACCUACAACACCAUUGUUGCAACGUCCAUUGGUGAAGAAGGUCUAGACAUCGGAGAGGUUGAUCUGAUCGUGUGCUACGACUCCUCUGCUUCGCCAAUCCGAAUGCUGCAACGGAUGGGCCGUACAGGCCGUAAGAGAGCAGGGAAUAUUACCUUGCUGCUUAUGAAGGGCAAAGAAGAAGACUCCUACAUGAAGGCAAAAGAUAACUAUGAGAAGAUGCAGCAGAUGAUUGCCAGUGGCUCUCGCUUUACCUUUCAUACCGACAUAUCUCCUCGAAUAUUACCUGCCGGUAUCAAACCGGAGGCCGACAAAAGGGAGAUCGAGAUCCCACCCGAGAACUCCCAGCAGGAAGGCUUGCCUGAGCCAAAGAAGCGGAGACGCGCGCCAAAACGACCUCCGAAGAAGUUUCAUAUGCCCGACGACGUUGAGACAGGCUUCACGAAAGCAUCACGACUGACAGGCACGAGCAAGAAGACCAAGAAUGUCGAAAAGCCGAAAGAAAUCAAGAGAUCGAGAACGCCAAUACCAGUGCCAGUUGAUAUACCGAGCCUUGAGGACGUCCUCCUCACCCCAACACAGCAGGAGGAGCUGGAGCGUCGCUAUCAGAACGUCGGAGGCACCUCGCCCCAAUUCAUACAGCAUCCCCGGAACGAUGCCUUCCCUCGCUUGCAACUUGUCUCGAGACCAACGAAGAUCGUUAAACAUGGCUCAUUGACGCAACGGAUCAUCAACACCCUUCAGAAAAUGAACCAGACCGACGCCAACUGUGACAACCGCUACAAGCAAGUUUUAGCGCUAGAGGGCCGGAGACCCAAGAAUCAGUCAUUGAUUCUUGACGACAACAAAGCCAAGAAAACAAAAGGCGCCCGACCCAAGACCCCUAAGCCAGCAACGGUCAAUCGCCCCCAGAAGGCCGUUCUCUCGCCCGUGAAGGCUAUAUCAGGCGAAGGGAUUAGCUAUGUCCGUGAUUUAUCUCUGCAGCCUUUGGAGGGUCUAGAGAUGCAACCUUUCUAUAACUCCCAAGUCAGUGGGAUAGAUGACCUUGAAAGCCUUCCAGAUAUAACCACAUUGAUGGAAGGAAACCUUGCAGAGAAACCAUUACGGGUCAAGAGGGCAGUGAUCGAAGAUGAUAGCGAUUACUGAGGCUGGUCAGCAGGCAUCGAAGGAUAUGGACAGGUAGAUCUGGUUUUUUUUCUUUUUUUGGAAAGCUACACCAAAUUUCGGAUUAACUUAUAAUUCUUUUUGGCAACGAGUAAAUAUUACAUGAGAAAUGACGAUAUGACGGUUUUAAG